UUCGUCCUUUCAGAGCUUUUUUUUGUGCUCUGAAACUAGUAUGUCUUUGGGGGGGAACAAUAAUUUAAUUCAAUCAAAUAAGAGGCUCCAUUUUCUGGGAAACACGUUUGAGCUCAUAGAUCUAACUUUACGGUAGGGAAGGUUUUGUCCUGCGCGUUACCGUAAUUCUUAUUCUCAGAGAAAAGUAGUCGAUUCCAGAUGAAUACACGCCUCUUCUAGUCUUAGACAAAGCUUUAAUAUUGAGGAAAAUGAAGCGGUGGUAUCUGUGGAUUUUUGUGUUUGUGCUGCAAGUGUGCAUUUUGUCCUUGCGCUGUGAAGCAGGCAAGCUGACAAUAAGGGACAUGAUAUCUAAGGCUCUUGGAGAAUAUACUCGGUGUAACUCUGCCAACUGUAGUUGCCAUCUACAGGUCUUGCAGCAAGACUUGGCUCCCUUUCGUGGAGGAAUUUCGGAGAAUGUCAUGUCUUUGACAGUCCAAAGAGGGGUGGGCACCCACUACCAGAUCAUUGGGCAUAAAUUGUACAGGGAACAUAACUGCAUGUUUCCAGCCAGGUGCAGUGGGGUUGAGCAUUUCAUAUUACAGGUGAUUGACAAGCUACCCGAUUUGGAGAUGGUGGUAAAUGUCAGGGAUUAUCCUCAAGUGCCCAACUGGGUGCAACCAACCUUGCCUAUUUUCUCCUUUAGUAAGACUUCAGACUACCAGGACAUCAUGUACCCAGCGUGGACGUUUUGGGAGGGCGGCCCUGCUGUGUGGCCCAUAUAUCCCACUGGGCUUGGAAGAUGGGAUCUAAUGAGGGAUGAUCUCAAAAAGUCUGAAGCUCAGUGGCCCUGGCAGAAGAAAGAGUCCAAAGGUUUCUUCAGAGGAUCUAGAACAAGUCCAGAGCGUGACCCGCUGAUCCUGCUUUCACGAGAGAUGCCAGAAUUAGUGGAUGCAGAAUACACAAAGAACCAGGCCUGGAAGUCUGACAAGGACACUCUCGGGAGACCACCAGCCAAAGAAAUCCCACUGGUUGAACACUGCAAGUACAAGUAUUUAUUCAACUUUCGAGGAGUGGCCGCCAGCUUUCGUUUCAAGCAUCUCUUUCUUUGCGGUUCGCUGGUGUUUCACGUGGGGGACGAAUGGCAAGAGUUUUUCUACCCGCAGCUCAAGCCCUGGGUGCACUACAUCCCGGUGAAGCAGGAUCUCUCUGAUGUCAGAGAAUUACUACAGUUUGUUAAAGACAAUGAUUCCGUCGCACAAGAAAUUGCCAUAAGAGGGAUGGAGUUCAUCUUGGAGCACCUGCAAAUGCACGAUGUUUCCUGCUACUGGGAGCGACUCCUCACAGAGUUCAGUCAGCUUCUUACCUAUCGACCCAAAAGACGCAACAACUACAGUCAGAUAAUGCACAAGCCUGGCAAGACAGAGCUAUGACGAAGACACCGGCUGUGUCCGAAUGUGCACUAUGUAAUGCGCUGUUAAGGGAUUGGGCCAUUUUGUAGGGGUGUCCGAAUGUCCAGGGAGCGUAGGGCACUCAAAGUGACCCCCAAUGCAUUUGGAAAAGUAGAGACAGUGCCAUAUAUAGUGCCGGACUAUCUCAUGAUUGAAGGGUUAGCGAACAAGGCCGGACAUGCAGGACCUGUCAAGCUGUGAUUGUAAACGGUACAAUUGUUCAAGCAAGUUUUAACAAAUGCAAUUUUUCUAUUAGAGUCUCCACCAAUGUUCUCAUUUCUUGGGGGAGCUAAAGCCCGCAUUAAAGGUGAAAUAAUAAGUUGAAUAUGUUGUAGUAUUCACAUUAUAGUAUUGUUUACUUGACCAAGCAGCUGUGGUGAUGUAUCUGGUCCAAGUAUAGAACAUUUCCUAGCUUUUUAAAUAGUAGAUAGGGUUUUUUUGUGGAGGACUUAAUACAUACUGGACCUGGCAUCCUUUAUUUUCUGUAUGUUAGCAUUUACUUGGUACAUAUUUGAAUUUGUUUGAUACUGUUUUUACUGCAUAAAUACUCAUGUUGUUUGCAGAUUGUUUUUUGUUUUACUACUGAUGGAAAGAAGAGAGGGUGGAUGGAGUAACAACAAUUUAGAGGAGCUUAACUGGAUGUGAUAUAAGAAAAAUAAAAAAAACAACUCUCUAAAAU